AGCGGGGUGUGUGAAAGCUGGUCGCGAGGAGGAGAGAGCACGAGAUGCUGCUGCUGACACAUUCCUUGAAAGAUGAAUAAUGGCGCAAGAAUAUUGGAGUCAUCGGCUGUAGUUUGGAUCGAGAGGAACUGAUUCACUGCUUUCCCAUCCUUGUCUUCGCUCUUGCCUCACCUUCUUUUUUGCAUCUCGUCUAAUUUUCAAUGUGAUUAAAUGGCUUCCGGACGGCGCCGCCAGGCUCCACGCUCACUCGGAAUACUCCUGCUCGCUGUGGUCGGUAUGACAUGUGGGGGCGAGCUGUCAUUCACCCUGGAGCCCAGUGACAUUAUUGCUGUUCAGGAACAACCUCUGAUGCUGCACUGUCAGGUGGAGGGGAUCCCACCCAUCACCACACAGUGGAGGCGCAAGGGAGCUCUGAUAGUGGAGGACCAAAACUAUGUCAUGUUUGCUAAUGGCUCGCUUCUGAUUGGUCACUUCCAGAAGACCAAGUCUGACGGCUCAUCUGAUGAGGGAGACUAUGAGUGCAUAGCCCAAAAUUUCUUUGGGUUGGUCUUGAGCCGCAAAGCCAGAGUUCAGGCUGCUACAAUGGCAGAUUUUCAUGUGCAGCCACGUUCAGUUCGUGCAGAGCUGGGAGGUGCUGGGCGAUUUCAGUGCCAAAUCCAUGGCCUGCCUGAGCCAGUCAUCAGCUGGGAAAGAGAUGGGCGACCCGUGGAUACCUCUGAUGACAGGUAUACUCUGUUGCCCACGGGCGUGCUGCAGAUAACGGGUGUUCGCCCUGAGGACAGCGGGAUGUACUGCUGUGUUGCCCACAACAGUGCUGGAGUCAAACACAGCACAGGAGCGCAGCUCACAGUCUCAGGCUCCCAGUCAUCUGUUUACAAAGAACCCAUGAUCCUAGUGGGCCCUGAAAACCUCACCCUCACAGUUCACCAGACUGCCAUCUUGGAGUGUGUUGCCACGGGUUACCCUCGCCCAAUCGUUUCGUGGAGUAGACUGGAUGGUCGGCCAAUAGGAGUUGAGGGUAUCCAGGUACUAGGAACAGGAAACCUGAUGAUCUCUGAUGUUAGAGUUCAGCAUUCUGGCGUUUACGUCUGCGCGGCCAACAAGCCAGGAACCCGUGUGCGCAGAACUGCUCAGGGACGCCUGGUUGUGCAAGCCCCUGCCGAGUUUGUGCAGCCCCCUCAGUCCAUUGCUCGCCCGGUGGGCACCAAUGCCAUCUUCACUUGCUUGGCCCAGGGUGAGCCGGUCCCACAGAUCACCUGGCUGAAAAAUGGACAAAUGUUAGAGCCCGAUGGCCAUGUCAAACUCAGGAACAACAACAGUACUCUGACCAUCUCUGGAGUAACCCAGGAUGAUGAGGCCAUAUAUCAGUGCAUUGCAGAGAACAGUGCUGGCUCCACACAGGCCAGUGCCCGUCUGACAGUGCUGUGGGCUGACGGCUUGCCGGGUGUGCCCACAGGGGUACGUGCAGAAGUCCUUUCUCCAACCUCCAUUCAGGUGUCCUGGAACGAGCCCACCCAAAACACUCAGGACAUAAUUGGAUAUGUGCUGCAUAUCCGCAAGACUGCUGACCCAGUGGAGAUGGAGUACCAGGAGGCUGUGAGUAAAAUGACCCUGCAGCAGGUAAUCGGAGAUCUGGAGCCUUCCACCCGCUACAGCUUCUAUGUGAAGGCUUACACAUCCCGCGGAGCCAGCAAGGCCUCUGAGACGGCUGUGGAGAGCACUCUGGGAGAAGUCCCUGCACCACCAGCCUUGUUCACGAAGGUGAUUAAUUCGACAGUGGUUCAGGCCACAUGGGAGCCUUCCACUAAGAUGGGCCAGCAGGAAGGAUUCAAUCUCUACUACCGUAAGGUUCCCGUCCCCAUCUUCACAGGACCCCUUACCUUCCCACGUAAUGUGACCCAGUACAACAUCACUCAGCUGGAUCCCUCUUUUGUGUAUGAAAUUAAGAUUCUAGGUUUUAACCAGCAUGGAGAGGGCAAUGCCACUCUGCGCUUUGUGUCACUCAAGGAGGCAGUGGAGAAAUCAGUGCUAAAUACCCCUUGCGACUGUGUAAAAGAUGAACAGAAUAAAAGCUCCACCACAGGCAUCAUCAUCGGCAUCCAUAUUGGAGUCACUUGCGUCAUUUUCUGUGUCCUUUUCCUCAUGUUCAGCUAUAGGGGAAGGUUGAUGAUGUGUAAAACCGUGCAGGCCACCCGACAGGCGGGCCGCAAUCCAGCAGCUGGAGUCGUGCUCGAAUCCUCCUCUUCCUCACAGGGGGCUUUGGGCCUCAACAGCCCCCACAGGUUCAGCUCAGACAGAAAUGGAGGAACCCACACUGCAAAGAGCUGCACCGACUCCAAUGAGAUGGAGAGACUCUUCUCAGGACCAUCCCACUUCUCCCAUCCACCUGACACCACCCACACAAAUGCAAGCUCUUCGGUCUCUUGUCCAUUGAAUGAAAUCCAGAUGUCCACACUUCCCCUUGAUGACUUCAGCUUGAUGGAGGAGUGUGAGGUGCAGUUCCGGCAGCAUCCAGCAGAGGGCUAACAGGAUGAAGACUGAUGAAGAAAUGAAGGCCAAGAAUAUCCUCUACACAGACUCCUGUCCAACUCAGGUCAACUGAAGUAUUCAUCUUUUUCAGUUCUGUUUUUAUCGUGCAAAGAAUAUAUUAUUCGUAAGUUAAGUUCCCUUUGUGGGAAUCACUGGACUGUAAUGCCGAGGGUCCCUCUGGCCCCAUGGUAGGUGAGGUUCUGCGAUGGACAUCUAUUAUUUCUCAUUGGUAGGUGAACAAAUACACUCUUGCAGUUACAGCUGGCAGCAUACAUUGAAAGUCUCCAGUCACUAGUAUCUAUAAUUGAUUUUAUUUGGCUUCUUCUGCACAACAGAGAAGUAUAUUCCCUACUAAAACAUAUUAGCUCUAUUUUUCAACUUGCUGCCUCCUCUUAACCUACCAAUGAUUUCACAAGCCCAUCCAUCAGAGACCAAGACCUUCUUCCAGGGAUUUCAAAUUAUUCUCAGGACUUUUUUGUUCACUGAUAUCAAUGUUUUUUUAGUAGGUCUCAGCCUUCAUAAAGACUUUAGACUCAGCUAUGUGAACCUUAGAAUUUGCAACAAAAAACCUACCUCAGCAGGAAUGAAUGUCUUGUAGGAAGUCUUUGAGAUCUGCAUCUUGCUGUCUGUUCUGUUUUUAUACUCAUCAAUCGUUCAGUCAAAAGAGAAAAAGGUGGUUCUCUACCUCAGAUUUCAAGGACUGCCGCUCCCCUGCUCGCUGAAGCAAAACAAGAAAAAUAUCCAACAUAUAGCACUUCCAAAUGUUGAAGUCAAUGUUCUACCUCAAAAUAACGAUGUUGUUAUUGUCGUUGUGGUUCUUAUCUCAUAUUGAAACAUAGCCUCUGUUUGUGAGAUCCUGGCUUCACUAUGUCAAUGAAUUGCUGUGUUUUGAUAUGUCAGUACCUCAUGCCAGUUGACAGAUGACAUUGUUCUAUGAAUUCUGCUUGUAAAGAUGUUUUGAUAGUGUCCUUGUAUUCAUGUAGAAUUUUUUUGGUUUUAUGUUUCCUGAUCAGAGUAUUGGAGUA